AUGAGAGGAGCACGGAAUCGCGGCUACGAGGUGGAUGAAAGUGAUGCAGGGCCAUCGUGUGAUUACCCACUUCCCUAUUGCACCAUUCAUGCUCACCACAAUGAAUCGAACACACCAAGAACCCAUUUGACACCCGUUCCACCCAGAAUUCAGACAUUGAAUGCCGCAAAUCUUCGCCUUUCCAAUGCUCAAAGACUCCAAAAUCCGACGAAUCGAUACUCGCAGCCUCCUUCUUACCCGGCAGCCUGUAUCGACAGUCCUCCAGCCUACACUCCGUACCCAGCAUUCGAUGAUUUUCGCUAUCAACAAUAUCAGAGAGAGCCGAGAUUUAUCCGACCGAAUCAAGCCGCCGCCGUGCAUCAUCAUCGUCGACAUCGAAGAAGCGCAUACGGGAACUUUUCUCGGAGUUUCUGGCGAAAGAAAAAAGUGAUGUACACAGCGAUUGUGAUGUUUAUCGUGGUGCCCGUGGCUCUGAUCUUCAUAAUUAUGGCCGGUGUCGGUGUUUUU